AUGACGGGCGUGCUGAAGACGCUGAACCUGCGGUUCCGCUGCUUCCUGGCCAAGGUCCACGAGCUGGAGCGGCGCAACCGGCAGCUGGAGAAGCAGCUGCAGCAGGCGCUGGAGGAGGGCGGCCGGGCCCGCGGCCCCCCGCGCCGCGACCAGGCGGUGCAGACCGGCCUGGUGGGGCCCAUCCGCCCGCUGGGGCUGGCGCUGGCCGCUGGCCGCCCCGCCACGCUCUGCGGGCCCGCCCGCCCGCUGGGCUCCCCGGGCUGCCACCCCGGCGCCCCCGCCCAGCCGCCGCCCUUCGCGGCCAACUCCCGCUUCAUGCCCGGCACCAUCUGGUCCUUCUCGCAGGCCCGGCGGCUGGGCCCGGGGCCGGAGACCACGCUGGUGCAGGGGCCGGGGGUCUCGUGGAUCCACCCGGACGGGGUGGGCGUUCAGAUCGAUACCAUCACCCCCGAGAUCCGCGCCCUCUAUAACGUGCUGGCCAAGGUGAAGCGGGAGCGCGACGAGUACAAGCGCAGGUGGGAAGAGGAGUAUACAGUUCGUGUCCAGCUUCAGGACCGAGUCACAGAGCUGCAGGAGGAAGCCCAGGAGGCUGAAGCAUGCCAGGAGGAACUGGCCAUGAAGGUGGAACAACUCAAGGCAGAGCUUGUUGUCUUCAAGGGACUGAUGAGCAAUAACAUCACAGAGCUGGACACCAAGAUCCAGGAGAAGGCCAUGAAGGUGGACAUGGACAUCUGCCGGCGCAUUGAUAUCACUGCCAAGCUAUGUGACGUGGCACAGCAGCGGAACUGCGAGGACAUGAUCAAGAUGUUUCAGAAGCAACUGUCUCUGCACUUGUCUCCCGUUAAGGUCCCAGCCUCGAUGGGGCGGAAGCGGGAGCGGAAGCAGGUCAGCGAUGAAGAUACUUCACUGUCAGAGAGCGAUGCCUCCAGAAAGCCUGAUGAGGAAGAAGAGGACGAGACCACAGCCAUGAGUAUCAAUGAGGAAAUGCAGAGGAUGCUGAACCAGCUGAGGGAAUAUGAUUUUGAAGAUGACUGUGACAGCCUCACGUGGGAGGAAACGGAAGAGACACUGCUCCUCUGGGAGGAUUUCUCUGGAUACGCCAUUGCAGCUGCAGAGGUCCAGGGGGAGCAGCAGGAUGACAGCCUGGAGAAGGUGAUCAAAGACACAGAGUCGUUGUUUAAGAGCCGUGAGAAGGAGUACCAGGAAACCAUCGACCAAAUAGAGCUGGAGCUGGCCACGGCCAAGAAUGAUAUGAACCGGCACCUGCACGAGUACAUGGAGAUGUGCAGCAUGAAACGAGGUCUGGAUGUGCAGAUGGAGACUUGCCGGCGGCUCAUCACCCAGUCUGGGGACAGGAAGUCUCCUGCCUUCACCCCAGCCUCCACCAGCGAGUCAGCCCCCAAUGAGGAGAGUGAGGAGUCGGAUCGUGACCCCCCUAGCGAUGCUUCCAUCAGAUAAUGAGGGGAGGCCCUGUUCCCUCAGCGCCCCACUCCUGGCUGAGAGGUGUCUGAGCUGCAGCUGGGAGAGACUGUCAGGGAUGUGGAGCAGCUGGUAACCAUUUGUUGCCAGGCCCACCCCCACCUCGGGGCAUCUGGCAGAUCCCCUGCUACCAGGUGUCUUGCAAAUGGCUAGGUAAACCUGUCCGGGCUGCUCACCUCCGGCCCCUUCUCUGUUCCUCUCCCCUGCUUUGGUUUAACCAUGGUUCAGGCAGGAUGGUCCCAAACUUGCCUCAGCAGUGUUCUCCAGGGGCUGUCCUAGGUCCUCCAAACACAACCUCCUCCAGACUCUGUCCUGGCAUAUCCGACCUGCCCCUGGCCCUCCUCACGCCAUGCAGAAGCCGAACUCGAGCUGUACCUCCCUGCAAACUGGACCUGACCCUGGUGCCAACUGGACCGAGCCUGGGGCUCUUCCCAUCCUUGCUGCUCCCCAGGCACUGGGGUGGCCCUGGAGCUGUGCCAGGCCCCACCACUCUCCCCUCCUUCGGAGCAGGGACCAAGUCCCGCUCACCAUGCACUUUGCUUUGCUGCGCGUCAGCAGCACAUUUGUUACAGAGACCAGGAAUCAUUAAACGGGACUGAUGCCUUUUCUACAGCUCCUACAGGUGUGGGCUCUCACUGGGCUGCAGCAGGUGUUGGGCUAUACUGCUGGAAGCAGGGCUCCAUUGCCCAUCCCCACAGCAGGCCCGCUGCAGCAUGGCCUGCAGGGUGCUCCAUCCCUCAGAAGGUGCUGGUGGUGAGAUUCCUCUUCUGGCAGUUACAGGCCCUCCAAGGGCUGCAUGUAAUGCUGGUACUGCGUGGGCCAAGCUCUGGGCUAAAAAUAAACGUGAACCCAAUUGUUUUAUCUGCACUGACGCUACGGCACUUUCCUUCAAUGUGUCUGCACCCCUUCACUGCAGGCCAGCAUUCUCACUCAAGCUUUCUCCUGCUUUGCAUUUUAAAAUAUCAAAAAAAACCCAACUGCAGAAAAAGUUUGGUUAACAGGCUGAGAUUAGUUGAUGGGGGAAUGACUAAGCAGCGCUGUGAUACUGGGACAAUUUCAGUUCCUAGAGGAAACUAAGCUGAACGUGGUUUGUGCCUAGCAGACCUUCCUGUCUAAGAGCUUGGUUUCUGCCAGGUCAGCUUUUUGCCAAGGUGUCUGGAACGUCUCCUUACUCAUCCUCAGUUCUGUAUCCAACCUAGAUAUCACCACAGUAUCCCUGAACUGCCAUCUCUUGUAGCCUGUGUGGGCUUUGCCCUUACCCAUUAUUAUUGGGAUCUUUGGAUCCGGUAAGAUGGGAGAGGUGUCCUGCAGAGAGACUGUUUUGUAGGGCUGUCUGCAAACCAGCAGACAUGGGCUGCUCAGCAAAAAGAUGUGAAGCUCCAGAGAAAAACACUUCUUGCAAAAUGUCCUGGAGGGAAGGUAAAAGUAGAUCAAAAAGUAGAUCACAGUAUAAGUUUUUUGGAUCACUUGUAAGAUUAGGUAAGGUAGAUAAAAAUGGGGGCUGCGUGAGGCAACAGUUUAUCUAGAUUGGUUUGUGUAAUUAACUGCUGCUGUGCUUAGCAGAGCACCUGCAUAUCUGUGUGUUGUGAUGCAGUUCGGCAUUUAAGCAGGGUGAGGUCCUCUCCAUGUGCUUGCAAGACACACUGCAGCACAUGUUGGUGUUUCAGUGUAGGUAAACUGUCUGGUUUGAUACAUCUUUCCUGCUUCUUUCUAUUUCUUUUCCCUUUGAAUUUGGCUUUCUAGAAGAACAAAAAACAGGGCACAUAUUUUCAUCCGAUAUUUUUUAUUUUGAGUGAUGUUGCCUCACAUACAGUAGCUCAGGGAUCACUUUCCUUCCUGCCUGAAGGCUCUUUUGGUUUAUACAAAUCUCCUUUCCCAUGUGUUUCCUUGCACCAUUUUCUGCCCUUUCUCUUAUGUGGAGAUCUCUGCCUGUCAGGAGAAAUCCGUCUCUCCCCCUGCAUAAUCUAUGACCUGCAUAUCUUGGCUUCUGUUCUGUCCAUGCUUCUUAAGAAAACAAAAGGACUGUACAGUAUGUAUGCUGAAAGAUUUCAAGCAUGAAGUACAGACACACCAACAUCUCUAUCUCUAGAAGUAACUGUUCAGAUGAUCACCUGGUGCUGUCAGACACCUGUGUGCCAGGGCACAUGGGGAUCCCAGUCCCACACUGUGGAUCAGAAUUCCUUUUGCUGUGAAGCUGAGAUCCCAUCUACAUGUUUCUGCAAGGUGGUGAAUUGUAUUGGUAGUAAUAGGCUCUGUUCUCCAUCAGGAGGAUGAAAACCCAUGAGAUCCUACUGGUGGCAUGUGCAGUGCUGAUUCUUUGCCUCAGCCAUUUCUCAGCAUGGGAACGACAGCCCAAAGUCUCCAGUGGUAGUUGGACCAUCUCCUGUAUCUCAGCCUAUCCCCCAGUGCUGACCCCAUGUAUUUGAUACUGGAUAUGAGGAGAUGUGUCCUAUUUAUUAGAAUUCUAUUUAUUUAUUAGAACUCUAGUUCUAUGAACUCUACUCUGUAGGCUCUUCUCUGUUCUUUGAGGAAUAUUUAGUCUGUUUUUCUUUGGCAUGAGCUCUGCUAGGAGCCAUGGUGUCUAGGAACUGUUCGACACCAUGUUGAUUCUUGAUGCCCCAAACUUAUUCCUCUUCCAGGAAACCUUGCAGCAGCACUGGCUCAGGAAACAGAAUCAGAAGAAAAUGUCUGGAGACCCAGAUCUUGGCUGGUUGGUCUUUGUGAAUUUCUGCAGUCAUCUCCCAAGGGAUGAUCGCAUGUCAUAUUUACCCUCAGUCUACAACUCAUUCAAAACCUUUGGUUGGCCUUAUCUUUCUCAAAGUCUUGGUUUCAGGGGCAUCUUGUCAGUGGAUGGGGAGGGGACCUUUUCCUAUCCUGGAGCUGGCAGGUAAGUUGAUGAAAUGAAUGUUGAAGGAGCAAGUCAGCUGCUCUUUCCAACUGACCUGGGAAGAUGUUGCUGCUGAGCCUAGUCUGGUCCUUACUGCACCACAGCGGCCCUUGGAAAGCAAGGAACAAAGUCCUGUUGCAGCAUCCAUGCAUUAAUGUGAAUGCUUAUUGCCCAAGUGCAGUCCAAGCAGGAUGUGUCUUGAUGAAUGAAGUCCCAUGGCACAAGGUAUCUGUCAGUCCCUCUGUCAGCAUCUAUCUCAGGACUCUACAGAUGUGACCUCUGUCUGGUCAGCUGUGUGACUGCCUGUUGAAGACCAUCCUUUUUGGAGUCUCAUCUCUAAACUUCUAUUGAGGUUCUCCCCCUUGAUGCAAAGGCUGGGACAUAUUUAUUUGCCAGCAUCCUGCCUCCAUCAGGCACCAGGGGACACUGCCAGUCUUUGGGCUGGAGUGAGAGGCAGUUCUCUGCCUUGGCUGCUGUACUGUAUGAGAUCAGCCUCUUGGCAAAGGCCUUCAGCAGAUAAUGCCAGGCAUUUUGCUGUAAGGCUGAAAUGAAUGCCCCUUGCUGAAGGUUUCUGAUUCUGUGGCAUGCAGAGCAGCCUCUCUUCCCCCUUCCCUAUUUUGUCUGAAAGGGGAAUUCUCAUCUCAAAGAAUCCUGGCUGCCAAGGUGGGCCUCUGAGAGGUCAGGGAGCAUCACCCUCCUCGUGCCUCAUUGCAUGAAUUUGGAAUAUUCUUACAAGCUCUAGAAAGGGUUCAGUCACCCAGACACUAUAUAGCCUGGGUAAUUUUUCCUGAGUUUUCUCCCUCCUUUUACUUGUUCCUGAGUCCCAUCCAUUUUAAAUCAAUCUCAGAACAGAAAGAAUCCAAUUUUGUCAGUUCGACUGCUGUCCCACACCUCCCCCCCAGCAUCACUCUGAAGGCUCUUUGUUCCUGCCCCACGUGAGCCUUGUGUGAAUUCCUUAGAUGGACCUGAAUGAGAUGCUAACAACCAUCACUAGGGCAGCUUGUGUGACUUCCUGGUAACCUCUUCAGUAUUGUAUUUAUCUUGUUUCUAAGCCAGGAAGAUGGGAGUGAUGAAAGCUGUACAGAAGCUUACUGUUAUUUCUAGAUUCAAACCAGGAGACUGUCUUUCCUAAGCUUUAUACCUCUGCUACAAAAGCUUGAAGGCCAGUCUCUUUCUAUGUUUAAAUGAUUGUAGGUUAUUUUCUAAGGAGAGAUCUGUGAGCCAGCUCUGCAGAACAGCAGAGAGUAAAUGGCAGGCCACCUUUAAAUUCCUGCUGAGUCAGUCCAGGUAGAGCUGGGCUAAAAGCUGAGACUCCUCUGCCAGAGCACUAGCUGUGUCAGUAGCCUUGUGAUUUCCAGCUGCAGGUUCUAGUCAACCUAAGAGCUGGCACAGGUGCUGCAUACUCGUGCUGAGGUCUUCUACGUGAGGAGCUUCACUCCUGUGUGAAGAGAGGUCGGAAUAAAUGUAGAAGACAGUGGGGUGCUGGAAACACAUCUGUAUGAUGCAUGGAUGGGCUCAUGAAACCAGCUGGCAAACCUCUACUGAUGGGAAUUAAAGCCAGCAAAAAUGGUAAGGCAGCAAGGAGGGCUGAAUGGGCUGGAGGCAGCUUUAGGGAGGUCCAGUCACCAAUGAAAACCUGAAGGAUGUAUGAGACUAGAAGAAAUGUUUCAGAUUUGAAUUUUCUAGACUACUGACACAUUUUGUCUCAGGGUGGUAAUAAGGAGAAAACACUCUAUGUCCUCUGGCAGAGGAGGUAUAGGUUUCAUAGCUUGGAGAGCAGUCAAAAGAGCUGAGAGAAUGCUAAGGUAACGCUAGGAGAGGAGUCUGAGCAACCACUAAAAGUUGCAGUGACCAAAUUGAACCAGUGUCACAGCAAAUGAGAAGGGAGGCAGCAGUUUUGGCUUACGCAAAAGACUGUACAUCUGGGCAAUGCGCAAAAGGAACUGGAAGCUCUCAGGACAGGAAGAAAUGUGAUUAACUGGCUUUUCUGAAGUUUACCAUUGCAUUGUAGAAAUCCCAGCUCACCGGUGUAACCCAUUGGUAAAGGAGGAAUAAGAAAGUGUAAACACGAAUUGGGGUUGCAAGCUGUGCUAAAAAUCGUGUUACCUCUAGAGCUAAUAGCAAAACAGUAUGAUCUGACAUACAUAUUCGUUAAGGCAUUGAAGGGUCUUUUAUUUAAUCCUGAAUCAUGGAAGAAAACACAGUGAUUUAUUUCUGAAGUACCUCUGCUUCAUGUGAAAAGGAAAAUUAUGUUGUCAUGGGAGACUUUGGCUGGGAUUACUGAGGAAUAUGCUAUGCCAUGGGGAGCCUCUCAUUAAGUUACAGACGAUGGCAUGUCCAAGUAAGGCAAGGAUUUUAGGUGGCUUUAUGAUAGAUGAAGACUGAGUUAGAAUUGGUGGUUGCCUAAAGACAAGGGAUUGACAAACAAAUCAAGCCAUUGCCCAGGACAAACAUAUUGUGAUACAGAAGUGCAUGAUACUAUAUAGCCUUUUCUGAGGAAUUCCUAAGGGGAGUAUUAGGAAAGUUAUUUAAAUGGGAGACCCUUGGAAAGAUGAGAGUUUUUCCAGUUAUCCAAAAAGCAGUGAUUUAGUAAGCGUGAGAAGAUAGCUUCCAGUAAGACAUUUCCCUGAGUAACUGGCCAUGUGAUAGUAGUACAUCAUAGAAAAAAAUACUAUUAGAAGCAAUUUCUAAAAGACCUUCAUAAAAAAUAAAAUCAGCUUUGUAACAACUGCAGUGGCUGUGCGUGAAGAAGGAGGAAUACAGGGAUGAUGAAAUAAUUAAGAUGUAUAAAAAAUAGUUACGUGAGUGGCUGAUGAUCUCAAUAAUAAAUAUUCAUAGGUGGAUCGCUAAUGAGAUUAACAAAUUGUUCUAGCUACAUCUAAAGGAAAAUCAAUCCUAGCAGUAAUACGAGCCAUUUACUUGACUGUGAUUUAAAAAAAAAAAAGAAGUACUCGUCAGCUGUGUCUGUUCUGUAUUUGGAAAGAGCAGAAUGUAGUCACAGGGGAAUGAUGAAGCACUUUCUGGGCCAUUAGCAGGAGGAUCCUUGAUGGGACUGUCUCAGGGGAACACUCUUCAUUUCCAGGCAUGGGUGUCCCGGAUUACUCUGCUACUGUGAGCAGGCCACAGCAUGGGGGGAUGGUUGGGGCCAUGGAAGGAAUGAUCCUGGGAAAAAGCACAGCAUUCUAGCUGCUUUUUUUGCAAAUGCUGUUUCACAAAGCACCCUGAUCUUGUUGGUGAUGGAAAAGUGCUGGCUGCUGAAUCCACAGUUUGCCAAUGUCAACUAGGUGAACUGGGGAAAGGUCCUUUAAAAAAGAGCGGACAGGUGAACAAAUGAUACAAGUGAUGAGCCUGCCAACCCAUAUAUGAAAACCAGGGAGAAAUCAGUGGGCAGGAGAUGGAAAAUCAGGAAAGGGAGAACAGUCUGCACAGACAUGGGGGGACGAGGAGCUGACAGCCGUCUGUUAGCAUUUUUUUGUACGUAGAGAUGAUAGUCCAAGAGUCUAAUAAAGGGUAAAUGCCUGAAUCAAAAUGCUGAGAUGUAUUGAAAUAGAAUUUCAUGAUCUAUUUUUUUUAAUUGAGUUAAAGCAUUGGCUUUGUUUAAGCUACGCUAUAAAUCUAAGAGCAAGAAAUAAUAGUGCGUGACCAUAUCUGGGGCAACAGGAGCUCUGGAAAGUCAGAGCAAUCUUGGUGAUUGCUCAGCCAGACACUGAAGCCAGUGAGAUCUUCACGAAUCUUUAUUUAUGUGUGGCAUUGGUGUCUUUUGUCCUUGUUUACAUCAGAUUUUGGAGCAGGGGGAGCAAAAAGUCCUAACUCUGAUUCCAGGCUGAGGAAAAAUGCUUGGAGAGUGAAAAGUUCGGUCUGUUUUGUUCCUCAGAGCAGGUGAAGGAAACUUAUUGCUCACAAGGAUUAUGUAGAUGGUCAUUUAAGCAGGCUGAGAAAGUCAUAUGGGGACUACAAGGAGAUGGGGAAGCUGGAGGCCACAUGCAUUCAGUGAGAUUUUUGGGUGUGCUCAGCGUCCAGCACCAGCACUCAGCCCGGUAACUAAAAUCUGGAGACUGCAAACUGCCUUUGGAGGGUUUGGCCAGUCUUUUCCAAAUCCAGUUGCUCUUCAACACACAGCUUACCCUUAUUGGCAUCACAUUGAUGAAUUCAUCCAAAGGUGUAAGCAGGUCUCGGAGGCAUGAUUUCUUGCCAUGGAAGCAGCACAGAUACUCGCCCACUGAUUCAUCGCCAACCAGUUGCUGACUCUUUGUGCUGGCUUUCAGCUCUCUGAUACAGAGAAAUUGAUGGUUAUUGUUGGUUUCUGAACUCCUUGAAGAUCCUUUCUAAAAUCUAUAUCACAUCUGUAAAUUCCUACUCCUUGGUGUCGGGGCUGAGGUGUAUGAUGAAUUACAAGAAUUAACUCUCAUCCAUUCUCUGCCCAAGACCAUCUGAGACUGACACAUGGCACUGAGAGACUGCUGCUCCUCAUGGCGCUGACACGUCCGCAAGUCCCAACAUUUAAUCUGCAGUGGUGUCUCUGCCUCACCUCUGCUGGGAAAAAAUCUCCUAUCUGGGAAUACUCCUACUGCUGACAGAAGCAUUUCUUUUACUUUUCUACUGCGGUCUUCUUCAUCUGAUACCACUCCAUCUGAGAUGCAUUUGAAAAAGAUUUUAAUACUAUUUUUCCUUUGUCAUAUUGUGUUCUAACAACUUGCCCUCUUAGUCUCUUUUAAAUUUAAUUUGCUACUGUUUACGAAUUCUUCUAUUUUCACUUGACCACAACUAUUGCUUUUUGAAGGGUGUCUAUUCAAGUCUUAUGCAGUAAAGUAUAACGCAUUACUUAUUGUUUCUUCUAGGAGAUGUACAUAUAAUUGAAAAUAAUUUCCUCAAGAAGAUGACACUGCUAUAGUAAGAUAAUACACGGAGGUAAGUUAGCUGUCCUGCAGUAAGAGAUUAUCUUCAGCUCACAGAGCAAGCAACAAACAAUUUGUUUCUGUGGUGUAGAUGCAGUAAGACUGCCACGAUGUGGGCAGGUUGGUUCUGCCAAAAUGUCUGCUUUUGUAAGUGGCCAUGUGUGCAGUGCUGUUUGCAUACUGUGACUUUGGGUUGUGAAGCUGUGCUUUGUGAAAGGCAUCUGUUACAAUGAGUUUGGAACACUGUCAUUGGAGGUGUUUGUCUUGUACAAAUGUCCAAUACAUGCCUCGCAGUCUUU